CGGGAGAAUGGUUUUUCUCGUGUUUAGCAGUAAAACAAUCCUGAUGUUGGCUACGGAUCAUACUGUGGAGACUAAUGAUCUCUUACAUUUACAUCUGACUAUUGUGAAUACCCGCAAAUGGUCAAUGCUUUGAAUUUUUCUAUUUUGUGGCCUAGACCUAUUAUCCAUUAAAUGAUUUAUAUGAGUAUCGUGAUGUUAACAAAAGUGUGAAAUAUGGAGAAUAGCAGAAAUCGCGUACUACAUCGUAAUGAGUCCACAAAACGUGAAUUGCUCAACCGGCCGCGACUCCUUACUAUCAUAAAUCGGUUAAAAACUGAUUUCUCGUCGUAUAAGUUUACAGUCUAUCGUUGUGCUACGAAGUUACACGCCUUGCAAAAAGCUUUACACACUUCUGAAAUUCCUUACAAAUUGGUUCUGAACGUGCUCGAACGACACCACCUAAGUCAAUCGGAUGAAACGAUUUCAGUUAGACAUACUCAAUUGACGCCAGUUAUUCACGACAUACUGUAUGCCUGCGAUAAGUUAGGCCACUUCACCCAACAGACUGCAUUCGACCUGGAAGUCACAACUGGAAUUUUAAGUAAUUUCCUAUGGGACGUGUUUGAUCCCAACCGAACAACACCUAUUACUUUACUGGAAGUCAAGGAAACAUUCUUACUGCUAUGUCACGUAAACUCGAUGGAAGAGAUGGUAUCGGAAUUUUUCAACUUGGCUGCUGAUCAUAAUAAAUGCGUGUCAAGGCAUCGACUGGAAUCGAUUUUGAAAAUUCUAACCAAGAUUUUAUCGUUUUUGGGUGAAGCUAGUGCCUAUGGACCGCACACAAUACCCGAUAUUAUUGAGCAAUGUUUUGCGCAGAGCCCUGGAGUCAUCGGUAUCAACGGAUAUCAAUUCAACUGCCUAUGGAAUGCCAAGUCUAAUCGAUUUAUGAUUUAUUCAAACUUACUUGCUCUUGUCAAACGAAUGAAAGAUACUGAAAAUUUGAUACACAAUACAUCUUGUGUGUCAUGCUGCUGUCCAAAGAUAAGAGGAAUACGUUUCAAAUGUUAUUCCUGUCGAGAUUUAUCGUUAUGUAUGAAAUGUUUCUCCGUCGGAUACUCUAGCUCUAAACAUAGCCUGGGCCAUCGGGUGUAUGAGGUGUACGGAGAUGAUGUUGCAACGAAGAAGUGGACACAUUAUUUGACAAAAUUGUGCAAUACGCUUUUCCGACAAAAGAAUCAACAAAGAACUGAAAACAAAUCUGGCGAUCAGGCAAGUGAGGAACUGGAGAACAAGGAAAACAGUGAUAUUUCGUCACCAGCUGCAAAGCGAGAAAACAAAAGCAUACAAUGUACAAGAAAUUCUGAUUCUUUUGCCGAACCAAAUACAUUAGACCGAAGUUUACUGGAGAAAUUAUCUGCUAUAAUGUCAACACUAUUCGAGCAAAAAGAGAAAUUGGAGGAUCGAAGACAAUGCUUGCAGCAAUCGAAGCAACAUAGUAAAUCGAUAAGUGACUUACUAAAUGAUCAACAACACACACUGUUAACUGUAAUCGAUCAGUUGAAAUUCAUACUGGAGCACACACAACAUACAAUGUUGCCUGUAUCAAGCACCCCGAACAGAUUUGGUAACAGACGAAUCACACCUGCUACUUCAAGCCCGCUCACACAUUCCAUUCACGGUGCUUCAAUUAACAAAAGCUAUCUCGACGCGAAUAAAUCGUACUAUUCGGUAAGCGAAGUUAGCACUUGGUUUCACCACAGCAAGCAACCGCAACACAACAAGACAUCUCAGGUCUUGGAUUCGAUCGAUGAAACAUCGAUAAUGGAUACAGACAUGCUCAAUUUUCGCGAAUUACUUUCGAAAGUGAAAGAAAUCGUCGAUGAUUCCUACAGUGAUAAUAAUGACUUGGCAGAGGCUACGUAUCAUUUGGAAACUGUCCUGGACAGUAUCAUUCGAAAUGAAGAAAUCAAAAGACAUGCUUCAUAGUUUAUUACCGAAAUAAGUAGAGCGUGUUUAACAUCUUCCAAAAUGCACUUUAGACGUACACAUUUAUUUACAUAUUUUUAUUUUUUAGAGAAAGAUAUAUUUGAUGAAGUGAAGAUAUAUUUUUAAAUAUACGAAUUUAUGCACA